AUGCAUGCGCCCAAUAAGAGCAGCAACUCCUACCAACGUGAUAUAGAAAACAUUACCAAAAUAAAAGGAAACAACAAAUGUGCCGACUGCGGGGCGAAGUGCCCAAGGUGGGCAAGCAUCAAUUUGGGCAUCGUAAUAUGCAUAGAAUGUUCAGGCAUUCACAGAAAUUUAGGUGUUCACAUUUCAAAAGUCAAGUCCUUAACCUUGGAUAAAAUUAUGCCACAAUGGAUACAUUGCAUAAAGAGCAUAGGGAACGAUUUAUCCAACUCCUACUACCUAUACAACUUACCCGCGGAUGCGUACAGACCUAAGCAAGGAGAUUCCUCAGUAAUUAUGCAAAACUGGAUAAAGAAUAAGUAUGAGAAGAAGUUGUAUGCGCCCGCGAAUAGGAAGGAACCCUACCAGUACUACGUGGAAGGGUUGGACCCGACAAGUUGCCUCCCAGUGCGGCCUCCCGCAAAGGCGGAAGUGAAAGAACAAAUAAUGGAGAAUGUAGGCAGCUUAGACAUUUUCGACUCCCUCAAAAUAUUUGAUAAUAAAAAAAUAGAAGAAACCAUGCGAACUAAAAAGAGCAGUAGCAACAAUCAGAAGGAAGCAGACCUAUUGACUGAGCACACAAAGAAGGAAUCCGUAAAAAAAAAAAUAUACAUGAAUGAUAAUUUUUAUUCAUUUGACAACAUCCCGUAUAGGGAAAAUAAUUACACUAGCAGCAAUAAGAACGAUAGCAGGAACCCGUCCAAGGAUUCUUAUUUUUUCAACGACUUUGUUAAUAUGGGUAGUUCAAAUAACAAUUCAGUCAACAUAAACUUUCCGAAGGACCUGAAACACACAGGUAAGAGUAGUGAUCAGUGUAAUAGGGACAAGAGUUUUUCUCAUUUUGAGGAAGCCAAAAAAUUGAACCCUCUUAGUGAUGGCAGAAGUGGGCAUCAUGUUAGUAAUAGCCGAAGCGACAGCCAAAGAAUCAGUCCAAGUAAGACCCAAAGCAAAGUCCUAAGUAGCAGCAUGACUAAUAUCGGAGGGAUAUCCGAACCGUCCAAACUGAGCGAGCAAAACAACUUCGGUAGCUUCAGCUCCCUUUCGGACAAAGAACUUAGAGACGCAAAAGUCCAAGCGGCAAAAAAAUGUAUUGCCAGACUUUUUGCCAACUCGAAAAAUAUUUCCUUCGCAGAAAAAAAUAAAAUUAACACAAGCGUAAAUAAUCAAGAUAGCCAAAUUGGAAAUGUAAAAAACCAUGUAGGCAAUAUACACAGUAAUACAAUAAAUGGAGACAAACACAAUUCAUUCGAAGUGUUUCGUCCAAAAAAUGCACACAGUGAUCAUCCUGCUGAUAGGGACCAUCUGGACAUGUUCACCGAUCAAGACAAGGCGAACAAUUUAACAAAAGAAAAUAAAGGCGACAAGGAUUUUGAUUUUUUUUUUGAGUAA